CACCGUCCAAGCCGCCCUCGUCUGCCUCCAUCGUCAGUUCCCUAAACCCUAAACCACACCACUUUCCCCACCCAAUUCCUCGCCAUGGAGGCGGACGACGCCCCGCCGCCGUGGAGGCGCAACAAGUCAGCGGCGGCAAUCGACGACUCGUCGGGGCCCCUCGCCGCCGCCGCGGCGCGCCUCUCCGGCCGCUCCCGCGCGCUCCCUUCCUCCCGCGACUUCCACUUCUACAACAACUUCCCCUCUUUCAAGUCCCCCGUCGGCGCCGCCGCCGCCAGGGCGGAGGCCUCCCUCGGCGCCCUCGGCGCCGCCCCUUUCUACCCGAAGCAGCACCCGCCGUUCCCGCGGGACGAUCUCGAGGACGCCCAGGAAUGGGUCGUCGGCGUCAUCGACGACCUGUCCGAGCAGUUCGGCGCCUCCAUGGACGAGUUCAAGGCGGCGCGGGAGAAGGAGGAGGCGACUGGCCGGAGCUCCGUUCCGUCGGAGGACGGGUUUCAGGUUGUUUACGGCAAGAAGAAGAAGAAGAUGGGCGGCGGCGAGGAAGGAGUUGGUAGAGGUGAGGCCUUCGGGGGUUCCGGCUCGGUGAAGAUGGCCACCAAGGAUAGGUUGGCUGCGUCGGGGACAAAGGCGAAGGUGCCAUUCCACAUUCCCACCAUCCCGCGGCCACAGGACGUGCACCGCAUUUUUGUAGACAACUCGAGCAAGCCAUUCGAGCAUUCCUGGCUUGAGAAGAGCGAUGAUGGUUCUCGUGUUGUCCAUCCAUUGGAAAAGAUCCCCAUGGAGCAAUUAGUUGACAGAAAUGUUCCUGAAAGUGAGCCGAUAAAACCACCUGGUUUGGACGAUACCCCUUUUACAUAUGUUGAAGAUCUAAAAACCUUGGAGGUGCUAGUGACAAAGUUGAAGAGUGCAACUGAGCUUGCUGUUGAUUUGGAACACAAUCAUUAUAGGUCUUUUCAGGGGCUGACCUGCUUGAUGCAGAUUUCAACUAGAACUGAAGACUUUAUAGUGGAUACCCUUAAGCUUCGCAAAUAUCUUGGCGAUUACUUGCGAGAAAUUUUUAAAGACCCGAGAAAGAAAAAGGUGAUGCAUGGUGCAGACCGUGAUGUAAUAUGGCUUCAACGGGACUUUGGCAUAUAUGUAUGCAACCUUUUUGACACAGGCCAGGCUUCAAGAAUCUUGCAGAUGGACCGCAACAGCCUGGAGCAUCUUUUGCAUCAUUUCUGUGGAGUGACUGCAAACAAAGAAUAUCAGAGUGCAGAUUGGAGGUUGAGACCACUUCCUGAUGAAAUGAUCAAGUAUGCUAGAGAAGAUACACAUUAUCUGUUGUAUAUAUACGAUUCGAUGAGACUGAGACUGGUGAAAGAGUCUUCUGGUGAAAAUGAUCUUCUUUUAGAGGUUUACAAACGAAGUAAUGACGUUUGUCUGCAACUAUAUGAGAAAGAGCUGCUGACAAAUUCGUCAUAUCUUUACAUACAUGGGUUGAAAGAAAAUGAAUUUGAUGCAAGGCAGCUGUCAGUUCUUGCUGGUCUAUAUAAAUGGAGAGAUUCCGUUGCUCGUGGAGAGGAUGAAAGCACGGGAUAUAUACUGCCGAAUAAGACCCUGCUUGAGAUAGCAAAGCAGAUGCCUGCAACCACUGGGAGGUUAAAAUGGAUAGUGAAAUCAAAAAACUCGUAUCUUGAACGCCAUCUUGGCCAUGUCAUUUCCACCAUCAGGACCGCCAUUGCAAAUUGUGAUGCUUUUGAAAGUAUAGCUGAGCAGUUAAAGAAGGGACGGCUGGAAGAGUUAGAGGCGGCAAAUGUGAAGAGCAAUAACAGAGACACUGAAAUGGUUCCUGCUGAUGAUGGUACUAACGAUGAUGAUAAUGUUGGCCUGAGUGAUUCUGUUGCCAGUGUUGAAAAUGUUGGCACUGCUCACUGUACUGGGAAUGUUACAAGCGGAGCUUCUUCAGUUAGUGUUCAGCUAGAGAACAUCUCAGAAACUAAGAGCUCAGGAAUGUUCUCAGGUGUUUCUGGACAAGAUAUGGAGGUAUCAACCAAUGAUGAUAGGAAGCAAGUAGCAAAAGCCACAGUCCAAGUCUCAAAGAGACCUACAGCUUUUGGAGCUUUGUUAGGAAAACCAACUUCUGGAAGAAAGCAAAACCUUUUUUCAGGGUUUUCAAGUGAGCAGAAUAAGGUGGACAAGAUAAAAUCUUCUGUGGUGCUUCCUUUCCAUAACUUCUGCGGCAGUGCAAAAUCUCAAGCCACUAGCAUUCCAUUGGAAGAACCAGUGCAUCCUGAACAAGAAAGCAUCCAGCAUAGUGAUCCAGCUUAUCAGACAGAAGAUGUUAUCCAGUUAGACACUGAAGCAGAGGAUCCCCAACUUCCAGAAAAUCACAAUGGAGAUGGACAGGGUCACCGUGAACCUGAUGAGACGGAUAUGUCUAGAUCCCCUCCUGAGCAUUCUUCCGCUGGUAUCGAGCAAGAGCAACGUUUCCAGUCACUGAAUGAAAGUAGAAACUUUCAACAGAACCACAAGCCACACCAAGAGCCAGAAUUUAACCACCAGCUGAAGCCAUUUGAUUAUGCCGAAGCCAGAAAGAACAUCUCAUUUGGAGAGCACAAAGCCGAGAGAACCAGAGACAAUGCAGUGGCCAGGGCAAUAAACAAGAAUUCUGGAGAUAAGGGAAAAAGCUCGAACCAAUUCGAGGCAGGAGAGAGCGAGGGGAGUGGCCAGAAUCCUCGAAGACGACAGGCAUUCCCGUCUUCUGGCAACAGAAGUGCUACAUACCAUUAGUAGUUAAGAUGUAUAACCAGAGGCAUUGUGUUGUAAGAAGUAUUAUAUUCAUUAUAGAGGAGAUGAGUAUUGCCUCUGGUGUUCGUUGGUAGAUCAUGGCAAUAUUUUAGGGGCAAUGUGGCGGCUGUCUUCGUACCCUUUCUUGAGAGUAGGAAGGUCCCUUGUGAGUUGUGACUGGUGGUGCUGGGUUUUAACUGAACAUGAUUCAGAACAUCGAGGAUACUUGUACCAGAUAUUUGAAUCAUUUCAGUAAAGCAGGCAUAUAAAAUAUGCUUGUUUA